GCAGCCAGCCUUUCCAUGGUCUUGUUGAUAUUCUGCAUGCCCGUGGGUAAAUAAGAAUCAAGAUGGGCUUUUCUGGCAAAGGCUUUCCUAUGGAUGCGAAUGGAGACUGGCCCUCCAAAAAAAUCAGGAAACACAGAAGUCAAUCCCCUUUUCGUGAUGUUUCACCUGUACCAUCGCAUUUCUCAGAACCAGCCUCAUUCCUGCAACACAGGGAUGUAACUGCCAGCCUUCCGUAUCUCCCUGAUGUAAAGGGGCCACUCAGGGAUGAAGAUGACGAUGAUGAUGUACGGAGUCAUAAGAGCUUGCCAGCGGUAAUGACUGCACAAACCCUCCAACCCAGAGACAAGAGGUCAUACAGACAUUCUGAGAAUAAAAACAUAUCUGGUUUACCCCCUCUCAUAAGCGCCAGGUGCAGUUUGAUUGUGAAAGGCACUGGAUGCAAAACUGUCCCCAAAUUCCCACCAAUCACCAAAUCCUGGAAUACUUGGAAGGAAACAGACCUCCCAAGACCCCCUUGUAGGUCUGGAUGCAGGCCGGACAAAAUGGAAUUCAGUUCAGCUAAACCUGUUCAUGCAUUGAUGCGUCCAAAAAUUGUACCUGUCGGGCAGACGUCUCUCUCUUUCAAGGUGGAUAGCGUUCAAGGAAAUGGGCCCUGCUUGCUUCCUGCCAAAGCCUCUGGAGUGUCCCUGAGAUCUCGACUCACUUUCCAAAGUCCUGCAGUGCAGGCAGUGUACCCUAUCAGUCCUGACACCAUGAAACAGAUGAGGCAGACUGACAGAGCGUGCCAGCCCCUGAGGUCUGUGCUGAAAAAAGCACCAAACGGAGGAGUAUUUGACUGCCCACUGGCGGCCCACCUGCUAGAGCCAUUUUCUGGGUUCCAGGAGCAUCUGUGCCGCCAGAUCCUACAUUCUCCACUGCCUUAUCGUGCAGCUCUGCCACAGGUCCAUUUUCCUUGUCUCCAGGACCAGGUUGAUCUGUUUCCUACACACAGGGGCCCAUAUGGUUCCCUGAUGGAACGCACCGUGGAGCUGUGCAACUCCCAAGGACAGAAGCUUCCCAAAAUCACCAUGACUUGCCCGACGCCUUCUCCAAAAUACCUGUGCCGCACAGAAUUUCAGCAUGCGGCUUAA